UGUCCUCUGGGGAAGAGUUUGGGAGGUCACUAGCUUUUAUUUUGAAAGCCAUUAUUGGGGCUCCUGGAACUUCUCUGAGACCAGGUUUGUGGUGGAGUUUCCUUUCUGAGGUCUGACUGCCAGACCUGGACCCAAGCUCUUUCCUCUGCUCUCAGCCAGGUAUCCUGAGCUUUCUGCUGCUGCUCUCUGGGAUUUUAAACUCACAUCCCAGCGCCCGACAAAAACCAUCAGUGAAGAAUAGUGUGACAGAUCCUCCACAAAUACAUAAGCUAUGAUCAGGUGGACGGUGCUUCUGUCUUUGUGUCUGAGCUACAUCUCAGCAACAUUUGAUUAUCUGUAUGAAGAGCACUCCUUCAUGGACCCAGAGGAUGUCCUGAGUGUGAGAAUUCCUCUGGAGGGGGAACAGCGCCCUCUGCUGGGAGGAUUUCUGAUACUACCGUGUCUCUUUGAGGACCACACGUUUCCAGAUCCUGGAGCCCCUCCCAUCGUCCCCCUUUCUCAUCGCAUCAAAUGGAGCCACGUCACUAAAGAAAAGGUCACAACAAUCCUGGUGGCCUUAGAGGGACAGGUGCACAUCAGCAAGAGCUUCCUGGACAGAGUUCACCUGCUCAGCUACCCCCAAACCCCAACAGAUGCCAGCCUCAAGAUUACCGAGCUGCGCUCCAGUGACUCGGGAGUGUAUCGCUGUGAGGUGCAACACGGGAUCGAAGACAACCAUGACAUUGUGCAUGUUCAUGUUCAAGGUAUCGUGUUCCACUACCGGGCCAUUAUGGGUCGCUACACUCUGACCUUUGAGAUGGCAGAGGCAGCCUGCUCCCAGAACAGUGCAGUUGUUGCUUCCUCCGAGCAGCUCCAAGCAGCCUAUGAUGACGGUUUCCACCAGUGUGAUGCUGGCUGGUUGUCUGAUCACACAGUCAGGUACCCGAUCCAUGAUCCCCGUGUGAACUGCUACGGUGACAAAGAAGAACUUCCUGGUGUCAGAACGUACGGAGUCAGAGAUCUCAGUGAGACAUAUGAUGUUUACUGUUUUGCUGAGAAGAUGACAGGAGGAGUUUUCUAUACGACUUCUGCAGAAAAGUUCACCUUCUCAGAAGCUGAGUCGGCAUGUUCCCGUCAGGGAGCCCAGCUGGCCACUACGGGUCAGCUGUACCUUGCCUGGAAAAGCGGGAUGGACAUCUGCAACGCUGGCUGGCUGAGAGACGGGAGCGUCCGUUAUCCUAUUAACAUCCGACGGCCACAGUGCGGAGGGGGUCUGCUGGGGGUGCGGACUGUUUACCUCCACACAAACCAGACGGGAUACCCACUUUCUGAGUCACGCUAUGAUGCCUUCUGCUACACUGAGGCUCCUGAUGAAGAGAGUUCAGGCGCAGCUGAGGGGAGUGGCGUGCUGUCUGUUACCAGCGUGACUCAGAGUCCAGAGCUGUUCUUUAGCAGGGUGACCACAGAGAGUGAGGUGAUUGGGGAGGUGGAGACUCAGCUCCCGUUGGAUCUGAAUGAGACAGAGAGCCAAACUGAGCCAUCACUGCUUCAACCACCUAGUGUUGAUGACCCGAUCGAGGCCGCCACCGCCCAACCGGGUGUUUACAAGGAGCCCAGCGAAACCUUUGUUGUAUCUUCAGAGGAUGUUGUCUUCCAUUACCGCUCAAGUGCUGGACGCUAUGCCUACAUGUUUGUUGAGGCCCAGUUGGCCUGCCAGAGUGUUGGGGGCUCCAUUGCUACACCUCAACACCUGCAGGCUGCAUAUGAGUCUGGGUACCAUCAGUGUGAUGCAGGCUGGCUUCUGGACCAGACUGUGAGGUAUCCUGUUGUUUUUCCCAGAGAAAAGUGCGCUGGAGAUCUAGGAGAUGAACCAGGAGUUCGGUCGUAUGGUCUAAGACCAGCAGAUGAGAGAUAUGAUGUGUAUUGCUACACCGGGAAGCUAACAGGAGAGGUUUUCCAUGUUGGAUCUGCUGAAGGCUUCACCUAUGAUGAGGCUGUUUCUAGCUGUCAAAACCACAGCGCAGUGUUGGCGUCCACUGGAGAGCUCUAUGCUGCCUGGAAAAUGGGUUUUGACAAGUGUCGUGCAGGCUGGCUCCUGGAUCGCAGCGUCCGUUAUCCCAUCAACAACCCACGUUCUGAGUGUGGGGGAGGAAAAUCAGGAGUUCACACCGUGUAUGCACACCCUAAUCAGACAAGAUACCCCGAACUUGAUGCCAAAUUUGAUGCAUACUGUUUCAGAGCGAAUGUUCUGCAUCAAACAAACAAAACUCAACUGAACAUCACAGUUAUCCAGGAGGCUCUACUAAACCAGACAUCAGUGAUUGAUCUGUUGAUGCUCAAUGUUUCCUCCAUCGUUCUUCCAAUCCCUGUGGAGAUGUCGGGAUCUGGUUCUGGCUUGGCAGAUAUUGGCUCAGGUUCUGUCAAUGGUAGCAUCUCAGGGGGUCACUCUGGCAACCUGUCUGGGUCUGGAAACCUCCCUGGCUCAGGAGACAGACUUACCUCUGGGGACUCAUCUGGAUCGGGAGACAUAUCUGGUUCUAGGGACAUGUCUGGCUCUGGAGCUUUGUCUGGCUCAGGAGACCUCUCUGGUUCUGGGCACCAGUCUUCCUCUGGAGACUCAUCUGGAUCUGGGCACCAGUCUUGCUCGGGAGACUCAUCUGGUUCUGGGCACCAGUCUUCCUCUGGAGACUCAUCUGGUUCUGGGCACCAGUCUUCCUCUGGAGACUCAUCUGGUUCUGGGCACCAGUCUUCCUCUGGAGACUCAUCUGGUUCUGGGCACCAGUCUUCCUCGGGAGACUCAUCUGGAUCUGGACACCAGUCUUCCUCGGGAGACUCAUCUGGAUCUGGACACCUGGCUGGAAGUACAAGCACAGGUGGUUCUGGAUCAGGUCUCAGUGGAGUAGGAUCUGGCAUCACGUUUUUUUUCUCUGGAGCUGACAACAUUGUGUCAGAAGAGGGCACCUCAUCAGGAGGACCGCAAGAAGCUGGAGAGGGAUUCACAGAAAAUUGUAUCGUCUCUUCAUCAGGAUCAUGGUCUGGAUGUUCUAGUGGUGACCUGUCACCGUCUGGAUCUGGUUCUGGCGCUACAAAGAGUGAGGAUAGCUUGGGGGGAAGUGGACAUUUCUCAGGCAGCACAUCUGGUUUCACUUCAGGCCAGGAUUUAUCUGGUUUUCUUUCAGGAUCAUCAUCAGGAAGUGGAGAGUCAGGAGAGCUUUCUGGAAGUGGAGAUCUCCAAAUCGUAUUGGUUGAUGAGAAACUCGUUCAUGCUUCUACUACCCUUAAAGAGAAUGAACUUGGUGCGGGUCCUCUUGUGUUCAGUGGUUCUGGAGACCUUUUAGGAUCUUCUUCUGGAAGUGGAUUGUCAGGAGAGCUUUCUGGAAGUGGAGAUCUCCAGAUCUUACAGAUUGAUGAAAAUCUCAUUGAUGAAUCUACUGCUCAGAAGGGAUAUGAACUUGGCGCAGGUCCACAUGUGUUCAGUGGUUCUGGAGACCAUUCAGGAUUGGGGGUCUUCAGUGGAGACCACAGUGGUUCUGCAUCUAGAAGUGAAUCUGAGUUUGUCUCUGGUGUGAUCCUGAUGGGUUCAGGUUUAAUGGAACUCACUGUUUCAUCUUCUGGAGAACACAAGGAGGCAUCAGGGAUUGUAUUCUAUAGCUCUGGACAAGGAAGUGGUGGACAAAUAUCUGGAUUUGGAAGCUCAAGUUUUCUCUCUGGUUCUGGUUCUGAGUUGUCUGGAUCAGCAGUUUCUGGAUCAGGGUUCUCUGCCAGUGGAGAAGAAGGCAGUGUUAAACUCCUGACAGAUGAUCUAAUAAAAGCACCCAGACAGACUGAAGCGCCACAAGAGCUGGGACAGGGUUCAGUUCAGUACAGUGGAGAAGAAAGUGGAAGCAGCUUCUCUGGUGGAAGGGUCUUUGACCUCUCCACAGCUCCAGGAGCUCCAACUUCUUCUGUAGCUUCCACUGAAGAUCUGUCAGAGGCAGUGCUGCCCUCUCCACCUGCUGAACCAGUACCAACAGAACCUACAAGACUACCAGAGGACCAUCCAAAUGAGGCUGAAGAAACUGAAACCUUCAGUGAAACUUAUAUGAUGCCAAGUUUUGAAAGAAUUCCUGAAGGACUGGUGGCUCCUCCUACUGCAGCUAAACCAGCGUUUGUGGAGACACCAGCCACAGCAGGAGGCUUUGACCCGUGCGAGUCCGGUUCCUGUGUUAAUGCUUCCUGCUCUGCAGAGGACGGGUCUGCUCUCUGUUUGGAGGUCGAGGUGUGCCAUCCCAACCCUUGUGCCAAUGGAGCUACCUGUGUGGAGAGUGCAGACUCUUUCAAAUGCUUAUGCCUGCCCAGCUACGGAGGGAAACACUGUAAGAUCGAGGAGCAGCAGUGUGAAGAUGGCUGGACUAAAUUUCAAGGAAACUGUUACCUGCACAUCUCUGACAGAAAGGAUUGGCUUGGUGCAGAGAAUCACUGCCAAGGCCUAGAGGCACACCUGGUCAGCAUCAUCACACCCGAGGAGCAGCAUUUUGUCAAUGCAUUUGCAAAUGACUACAAGUGGAUCGGACUGAGCGACAAAGCAGUUGAAAGGGACUUUCAGUGGACUGAUGGGACACCAAUGCAAUACGAGAACUGGAGGCCAAACCAGCCAGACAACUACUUCAACUCAGGAGAAGACUGUGUGGUAAUGGUCUGGCAUGAGAAGGGUCAGUGGAAUGACGUGCCCUGUAACUACCACCUGCCGUUCACUUGCAAGAAAGGACCAGUGUCAUGUGGAGCGCCACCUGAAGUGGAAAAUGCUCACACAUUUGGUGCCAGGAGGCUGCAAUAUCCCGUCAACUCCAUCAUUCGUUAUCAGUGCAAGCCAGGCUUCAGACAGCGCCAUCUACCUGUGGUCCGCUGCCAAGAUGACGGGCACUGGGAAAAACCCAGAGUGGAGUGUACUGAUGUGAAAGCCAGGAAGAGAAUACAGCACAGGAGCAGCUGGGAUCCAGCAGUCAGCAGCACAGAGAAAUAAACCAUGAAAAUUAAAUUAGCUUUUAAAGAACAAGAGCUGUUCAGGAAAAGCCAUUUAAGAGUAGAUUAUUUUAUAAAUUAAACUGACUGAACUCCCACUUUUGGAGGGGCUAUACCAUGGUCAUUCGAUUUUCUUUGUCUUCUCCUGCUCGAACUAAUAUAUGUUUUGUUGCUCUGAGUUUAUUGACGAUGUGUGAUUUCCAAAAUGAGAUGUAAUAUAAAUACUCACUGGUGUUCUGAGUUUUACAUCUCUGUGUAGUCUUCUAUGGGUUGUUGUUGGCAUCAUUAGAUUUGCUGUGAAAGUCACUUCAUCAGGUGCUAAAGAGAUCGAUGAACUCAUGCAGCGCCUGUUCUUGUUCCAGAUGUAACAGAUGAGCAGCAGGGAAAAAAGGGUCUAAAACUGACAUGUAUUAUCUGAAUUCAUUUCACGGUUUCAGUCUUGCCUUCUGCCAUUUGUAUGCAUGUGAAAGUGCAAUAGGUGGGGAGUGAAUCUAUAGCAAAGAGCAGCUGCUCAAGUUUCUGCCAAGGUGUAAAGUCAGAGCAAAGAUCUUAAAUGUUUAUUUCAGAUCCGAAUAACAAAGAACUCUAAAGUGAACAUCACAAUUUGGUUAGUGAACUGAUUUGAACUCAAUGUACUUUGGCUUUCUGAGUGUUUUUGAGGCUUUUUGCUGGUAAAUUAAAUUAUUUUCAAUGAAUUUAGCAAAAAAAAAAAUUUAAACGAUUCAGUUUCUAAGUUGAUGUCAUUUGAAGGGUGGUCUGAAAUGUUUUGGAGCCAUCAGUGGUGUUAUUUAAGCUAUUUUAAAAUCAUUAUUCUACAGUAAGAAAAGAGCCUGUUGAAACCCAACUGUGAGAUACAGUUUUAAUCUUUCAUAUUUGGAUGACUGAAAUUCAAAAGUAGUUUAUUCAUCAAUCUCUAAUCAUAUUUUGAUAUUUGUUAUUUAUUGUGAAAAGAUCCCUUUGGUUGACUGUUAAUAUUAGAGAGUCAGUUUUAUGUCCUUUUCCAAUGAGACCACAGCAGCAUCAGCAACCCAACCCUCCCCGGUCUACAUGCUGGAGACCUUUGCUGGGGUUGUUUAGCGUGUUUUCACAGAUUACCCUUCACAUGCUGUGCAGGACACAGUUUCUGUUCAGAACCAGUGUGAUGAGCCUUUUUCAUGUUUGUAACCUGAAAAGAAAAUAACUUGGCUUUCAUUUGCGUGCUUGUGUUGCUGUAUGUGGGGCUGUGCCUCUUAAAGUGAUGUCAUCUGCAGCAUAAUAAACCAAAGACUCACUAUUUAA